AUGGGACAACCUCCGCCUCCAGGCCUUUGCCGACUCUUUGGUCCUGUAAACUUCAGCCACAAUUUCCCCCUCGACGACAGGACAUCUGCGUCUUCUCUACCAAUUUUCCAAGGUGAAAUGGUACUUCCUGAAGUGAUCACACUGGCCAAGUCUCUUGAAGGGUGCGAGGAGGAACGGAUGAAAUGUCUCGUCAGACAUCACAUGACUGACAACGUGGUCUGUUGGUCCCAGCGCUGCAGGAAGAAUCCAAAGAUGCAGCAAACUUUUCCUCAAUUAGUGGACUCGAGCAGCAACUUCAGGGCUGGUUAA